AAGACAGAAAUGUUGAUUGGUGACACACCCUCUGCGCUGGAAGAGUCCAUGCAGUGUGCAUCCAAAGCCGAUGACCUCAAAGUACUGCUUAGAAGCAAGGCCCAUCUUAGUCAAAUGUACACAAUGGAUACCAGUGUGCCCUCAUCCUCGGAGCAGCUGCUCUUUCGUCAUUAUCUUUCCCUCCUUCACUGCCAGAGACAAAUGCUCAAGACUUAGAAUCUAAUACACAAACAUUUCUGGAGCAAGAAGAAUCUGAGGCUAUUUCUCUUCAGGACGCAUUAAAUAUGGAGAUACAGGAUGUGAUAUGGCCAUCUGAGGAUGACGUCAUCAUUCUAGAGAGCAGCAAUGCAGGACAAACAACAGGAGGGAAAUGCAGCGACAGCGUUCCUGAUGCUCUCACUUUGGAGGAGUAUGAUAAUGAAGCUUCAGACAGCUUCCAUUCUCCCUCUACAUCUGCCAAUAGUCCCGCGUCGUCCAGUUCAAUGAUUGCCCCUCCACGGCAGAGAGUUGCACACAAAUGCAGUCAUUGUGGAAAAUGCUUCAUUUACCGCUACAAACUCCUGGAGCAUCAGAGGCUGCACACCGGAGAAAACCCUUACAAGUGCUCUCAGUGUGGGAAGUCCUUCAGAAGGAGCUGUGACAUGUCGUCUCACAGGCGGACACAGUGCACACAAGCUGCUUAUAUAUGCCUUAAAUGUGGGGAUAGCUUUCAAUCACUAAAGGACAAAUUAAGACACCGGUGUGGCCGCAUCGUCCAAUGGUUUGACUGUUCUCAGUGCGGUAAAAGCUUUAAAAAAAUGCACUUGCUGAAUAAGCAUGAGCGGACCCACACAAAGAUCUGCAACUUCACGUGCAAACCGUCUGGGCAGGAGUACCCCAGUAUGAGUGAGAUGAGGAGCAACCAGAUGAGUCAUCUUCCCAAGAUUUCCAAACAGUGCAAGCGAUGUGGGGAAAUGUUCAGCUCUGUCGCCCGUUUGACAAAGCAUGAGCUGCGCCACAAGAAACAGGACCAAAAGAUUUGUGGGGAAUGUGGCAAAGCUUUCAAGAGCAAAUAUGAAGUGUCUCUUCACAUGCGCUGUCACACAGGUGAGAGGCCGUUUCAGUGCACGUACUGCGGCAAAGGUUUCUCCAGAUCGGGUAACCUGAAGAUACACUUAAGGAUCCACACGGGAGAGAAACCAUAUCUUUGCUCUGACUGUGGCAAGGGUUGUAUGUCAGCCGGCGAUCUGCAGAUACACAGACGCAUCCACACAGGGGAAAGACCAUACAAGUGCACUGACUGUGGGAAGGGAUUCACCACCGCAAGCAACUUGACAGUUCAUAUGCGGGGUCACACUGGAGAGCGCCCUUACAUCUGUUCCAUAUGUGGACAAGGGUGUAUUACUGGCACAGUAUUAAAAAUACAUACUUUAAAACAUACUGGUUUUAAACCCUACCCUUGUCAUAUAUGUGCAAAGGCUUACACAAACCUCACUCACCUGAAGAGACACUUGAAAAAAACUCACAAUGUAGUGCAAAACCAGACUGUCUAAUUGAAUAAAGUACCAUAUGCCACUUUUAGCAAAUUAAUGUGUUUUCAUGCAACUAGCCUGGACUCAUUUUUGUGAUACGUUUAUAAACUUGGUUUUCACUCCAUCUCUAAGUAAGGACUAUGUUUUCAAAAGAUUUGGUCCUGGCUGUUUCAUUUACCUGUGUUGUUGGAUCUGUUCACAUUGUAGCCUACCGUGUACAAUUACGACAUUUGUGUUUUCAAUUUUGUUCUGUGAAUCUGUCAAACAUGUUUUAAAUUGUCUCUAAGAAAACAGAGUAAAAAUUGCUACUAAGUGUA